CCUCUCUUUACCUCCGAGCCGUUUUUUCUCCACCACACAAUGGAGAGCUUAACCACAAGCUUCAUAGCUCGAAUUCCGACAUCUUUGAAGAAACUGUCUAUUUCACAUGUCCUCGGUUACAGAACCAGAAAAUUGUUCGUCGCUCGGCCUUCGCCGAAUUUCAAAGCUCUGCGACUAGUUUGCAUGGCGGAGCCGUAUCUGUUAACAAAGUUGGACUCUGCCGAGAAAACAUGGAAAGAAUUAUCGGUCAAGCUGGCAGAUCCUGAUAUCAUCUCAAACAACAGUGAAUACCAAAAGCUUGCACAAUCUAUGUCAGAGCUUGACGAGGUUGUGUCAAUGUAUAAGAAAUUCAAAGAUUGUGAGAAGCAAUUCGAAGAUGCAAAAGCUUUAUCGAGAGAGGGUGGCAGUGACGAAGACAUGGCAGAGAUGAUUGCUUACGAAAUUGAAAGUUUAUCUAAUCAACUCAAAGAGCUUGAGGAGAAGCUUAAGGUGCUGUUACUUCCUAGUGAUCCUCUUGAUUCGCGGAAUAUCUUGCUUGAAGUGAGGGCCGGUACUGGUGGUGAUGAAGCUGGACUAUGGGCUGGUGAUCUUGUUCGCAUGUAUCAGAGAUACAGUGAGCGUAAUUCUCUGAAGUACUCCCCAUUAUCAAGUUCAGAGGCUGAGAAAGGUGGUUUCAAGACAUAUGUGAUGGAAGUUAAAGGGAAUUGUGUCUAUAGCAAAUUAAAAUUUGAGUCUGGUGUUCACCGUGUUCAGCGCGUUCCUCAGACAGAAGCACAGGGCCGUGUGCACACUUCCACUGCAACGGUGGCGAUUAUGCCAGAGGCUGAUGAAGUUGAGGUGGAAAUUGAUCCAAAAGAUAUUGAGCUUACAACAGCAAGGUCGGGGGGUGCUGGAGGGCAGAAUGUCAACAAGGUGGAGACAGCUGUCGAUCUUUUCCAUAAACCAACAGGGAUCCGCAUCUUUUGUACUGAAGAAAGGACACAACUUAAAAAUAAGAACCGUGCUCUUCAGCUGCUGCGAGCAAAACUGUACGAGAUCAAAUUAAAGGAGCAGCAAGAGAAGAUAAGGAAUCAGCGAAAAUCACAGGUUGGUACUGGUGCUCGUUCAGAAAAGAUCCGGACAUACAAUUAUAAGGACAACAGAGUUACUGACCACCGAUUGAAGAUGAACUUCGAACUCACAUCUUUCCUGGAUGGUGACAUUGAGACAGCUGUUCAGUCCUGUGUUGCGAUGGAACAGAAGGAACUCUUAGAAGAGCUUGCUGAGUCUGUAGGUGCAUCUGCUUGAUAAUGUAUGACCUUGCCUGGUGGCCAAAGCUUGUGUAACUUAUGGGUUACAAAACAGAGGGCGGCAGCUGAUUUGUUUUGCAACAAAUCAGGGAAACAAUGGGGACCAUGUCUUUUCAUCUUCGGGUAUAUUUUAUGUAUAAUAGUAACAGUCUCUGCAAUUGAUCUU